AGAUAUACUCGCAGCAGUAUCUGGUCGUGAGGAUCCCAGGGGGACACAUGUUGGGAAUUUCGUGUGUUGAAGGGUACCACCGGCGUAGUCACGGGGACCCUUUGGGCGUGGUCGGUUCGAUGAUGAGGAAGGCUUGCGUGCGUGCUGCGCACUUCUUCCUCUGCUUCUACUUCUUCCCUCUCUCUCCACCACCACCACCGUCUCUCUCCAAUCAAGUUUCCUUCUCCUACUCUCUCUCCAUCUCUCUCUCAACCUCUCUCUCUCGGCCUAACACGGCCGACUACCCAGUGCCCCAAAGCAGCGUCCAGAACGUGCUUGCUGCACCCCGCGUAGUUUACCUUUCACACUAGUGCGACGAUAUCAGGGUAUCUGCGCGCGGGCAUAGCCUUCCGGGGGUUGUGCAGUCACCCGCAAUAGGUAGACUCCCAUAACAACAUAAAUCAUGGAGGGCAUAGACCUCUCCGCCCUUAGCGAGCAAGAACUACAGCAAAAAGUGGAGGAGAUCGUCCAGCAACGAGUACAAGCCGAACUUGAAGCUAACAGGAUCGACGAGGGUGAAGUCACCUACGCCCAACCACCAUCAGGCGGCAACCCAGUCCCACCUACCGGCAGCCAGCCAUCACCCUCCAGCCAGGGUAAAACAGCUACGUUCAACGACCCCAGCAGCGUCGCACACAUCGUGGCGCAAGCGGCCAAGGCGACAGCUGAGGCCAUCGCUGAACAACAAGGCACAAUUAAGGAUGAAACAGAUGCCAACAAAGACAUUGCUCGUGGCCUUCCCUCUUCGUUAUAUGCCGUGCAAAAAGAAAUACUGCUUGCCCAUGAUGUCCUGACGUUGCGUACCCUUGAGACUGUGGUGAGGGACGCCCACAUGGAGAUGGAGCGCGAGAGGAGCAAGGGGGAGAGGCGCGAGGUGGAGCGCGCUCUCGCCGCGUCCGGCAUGGGCCGGCGCGGCGGGGGAAAUUGGGGGGCAUCCGGGGGUCAAGACGGCGGACAGGCAGCAGCUGGCGGCCAAAAUUGCGACGGAGAGAAGAAAAAUAGUGACGUGUUCAACGACAACCCCGGCGGAUUUUGCCGCUACCACCAGUCCGAGCUUCACACCAACGAGCAGUGUCGUCUCCAGCAGCAACUGCGGCGCGCGCGUUCGAGAGAGGGCGCCGCGGAACGCCGCUCGGGCGGCGGCAGCCGCGGUGGCCGCCGUAGCCAGCGAGGGGGCAGACCGCCGCCGGGGCCAGGCCGCGGUGGCCGAUGGGUGAGGCUAGAAGGGUAG